AUGACGAUCCACACGGAUACUCUCAAGGCCAUUUAUAGUAACUCGAGACGCCAACGACUGCCUCUGUUUCCUAACCUCACUUCCUUGCGUGCUGACUUCCAAGACUUCAGAUGGGAAAUGUUGCCAAUCUUUCUUGAGAGCUGCCCCAGUCUUAAACAUCUAUCCUUGGUAUUUGAAAUUGUCCACAAGGAGAAAUUUUUACACGGACCUCAGUGUUUCCUACCAUCUCUCGAGCUUGUUGAGAUAAAAGAAGCGUCACCAAGAAGAUAUAUAGGCGAGGCGAGGGAGAUGAAACUAGUGAGUUACUUGCUGGAGAAGUCAACAAUCCUCAAGAAACUCACUCUGCCCCUACAUCCUUCCAGAGAGAAGAAAGCGUCUGCCAUCCUCAAGAAGCUCCUCACAAUUCCACCACUCUCUCCUUCAUGCCAAGUUUUUGUUCUCUGA